GUAGGUUCAGUUCACUCAGAGAGGAAGAGGCGAAGCAAGAGGGGUAACUUAGCCCAAAAUCUGUCUACUCCGGCAUGUGGCGUUUUUCUGCUCACCAAGUGAUUAGUUUUUGUAUGGAGGUCAAUUAGAGUGUCGAAUUUGGUUAACAAAAAGUUGAAUGGUUUAUUUGCUACAUGUGACUUAUUUGAUAUAAUCGAAGUUUUGUAAUGCGUGUAGGCGUGUACUGAUAUACGUAGGACAUGUGACAUUCCGGCAACUUUGAGAAAAAACACCUCAUAUCGGAGUUGUGGGUGUUGUUUCAUUCACGUUUAGCCCUCCCAUUGGCUAGAAUGGUCCCAUGAUCUUGCCUCCUCCGUCUGCCUUCCUUUUUUUUUUUAAGACAUUUAUUUUCAUAGUUAGAGCGGCCACUAGAGUAUCUGUUCAAUAUAAUGGAUAAUUUUUUGGUUCACUCCAUAACUGUGUGGAUAAAUAUGUGGUUCUCUGGUAAUACAGUUACUAUGCAUCAAGAAAGUCUCCACUGACAUGUAGUCUCUACAAAACAAGAGGUCGUACUGGUGCUUUAGCUUGAUGAAACAGCCGGCUAUGUCUCGACAUAUCCAUAUAGAGGCGUCCGGCGAUGAUGCAGCACGAGUGCCACUUCUCACUAGCCACCUGGAGCUAGCUAGCCUCGACUCGGAUGAAGGUGAAGUUAUUUUUGAGAGGUGUAUUGGAGAUAAUGCAAAUGAUGUUCAGAGAAGUACACAAAGAAAACGAACAUGAGGAAGCUGUUGAGGAAGCAGGUUUUGGUUUGUUCCAUGGGCUCCUGUUGGUGGUGUGUGGAUGGGCCAAUGCCAGUGAUGCGGUGGAGAUCCUGUGUGUUUCCUUUCUGCUGCCUACGGCCCGCUGUGACCUCCAUCUCAGCUCCUCAGACAUGGGGUUACUGACGGCCAACAUUUUCCUCGGAAUGAUGAUAGGUGGGUACAUGUGGGGUUACCUGGCUGACCAGAGGGGGCGCCAGAAGGUCUUGGUGAUGUCCCUGACAGUGAACGGAGUGUUUGGAGCGCUGGCCAGCUUUGCCCCAAGGUUCUGGCUCUUCCUUCUACUACGGUUCAUCAGCGGUGUAGGGGUGGGAGGUUCAAUCCCGGUCAUCUUCUCCUACUUUUCUGAGUUUCAGCCCCGGCUGAAGAGGGGGGCAAUGAUAAGUGCUCUGGCCACCUUCUGGAUGGCAGGGAAUAUUCUGGCAGCAGGCCUGGCGUGGUUGGUCAUUCCCCGGACCUGGGUCCGCUUUUCUCUGGGUGGGCUGGACUUCCAGAGCUGGAGGCUGUUUGUGGUGCUGUGCUCUGUCCCCAGCCUCACAUCGGCACUCAUCUUCAGUCUGGCCAUGCCUGAGAGCCCCCGGUUCCUCAUGGAGGCUGGCCGUGAGACAGAAGCCCUACGUGUCUUCUGCAGGAUGUUUGCAAUAAACCACAGAGGCAGUCUCAAGACCUUCUCGAUUUGUGGGCUGCAUAUCCCUUCUGAGAAGAAAGAGAGGGAGACUAGGAGAGGUGGAACACACACUCUGCGCUUUGUCAACCUCAAACAGUGCCUGGCACCAAUAAGACAGCUGUUUGUUGGAGAGUUGGCCUCUAGAAGUGUAUGUCUGGUCAUCAUAUUCUACUGCAUCUCAUUUGGAUACUAUGGGCUGUGGAUGUGGUUCCCAGAGCUUUUCAAGAGAGCAGAGGAUGGAGGCUCACCCUGUGCCAAUGUGUCUCGCUUACAAAGCCAUGACAACCAAAGCUGCUACCCAGUCAAAACGGCAGUAUACAUGGAGGGCUUUGUCACUGCAGCCUCAAACCUACCAGGGAACAUCUUCACCGUUCUCCUAAUGGACGUCAUUGGAGGAAAGGCCCUGCUUUGUUGCAGCCUAUUGUUGUCCAGUGUGAGUGUGUUCCUCAUCUACGAGGUGAAGACGAAAGCACAGAGUCUGCUCAUCUCCUGUGUUUUUAGUGGAGUGUCUGUGGUGGCCUGGAAUUCCUUGGACGUGUUGGGCACUGAGCUCUACCCCACCCAGCUACGGUCCUCCGCUCUGGGCUUCUUCACAGGAAUAGGCAGAGUGGCAGCCAUCAUGGGUAACAUAGUCUUUGGCCAGCUGGUGGAUACCAACUGUGCGAUACCAGUUCUACUUGUGUCUGCUUUGCUGCUGACAGGGGGGAUCACUGCCUUGCGCCUUCCACGCACUAAACAGGCAGAGCUCACCUGAGGCCUCUGUGAAAUGAAGUCCAGAAGACACACUUUUUUUCCCUGCUCAUAGUCCUCGCCAAGGGUUAUUCCCUGAAUCUAGUCUACCUAGAGAUGCCUUUUUCCUAUCAUGACCAAAGAUUGACGUAGAAAAGAUUUUAUAAAACGGAUGUUGUGAAAUGCUGGAUUGCACAAGUGCACUUUGAGAAACCGUGUACCUUAAUGGUUUCUCAAUGAUUAACAAGUCAUUGACCAGAGCUAAUACAGUGAGCUACAAAAGUAUGGGGACAGUGACACAUUUUUUUGUUGUGUAAGUAGUCAAAAGUUGAGUAUUUGAUCACAUAUUCCUAGCAUGCAAUAAUUACAUAAAGCUUCUGAAUCUACAAAGUUGUUGGAUGCAUUUGCUGUUUUGGUGGUUUCAUUCCUAUUGGUCACAAAAUAAUCAAUGGUAAAUAAUGUAUUGUCAUUUUGGAUGAACUUUUAUUGUGAAUAAGAAUAUGUUUCUAAACACUUCUACAUUAAUGUGAAUUAGUGUUGGCAUGGUAUACCGGUACCACAGUAAUAUCACGGUACCAAAACAUCAUGAUACCAACAUUUAUAGAUUAUCGUUUCAUACUAUCACAUUUUUCAGUCCUACCGAUCUAAGGCACCGGCGCCUUUUAUAAAAAUGUGUAUCAAGUCAGUUUUGUUUAUAAAUUCUGUAAAAAAAUAAAUAAAUGCAACUA